CUGCAGGAAGUGAGUCCGCUCUCAAAAUUGAUCCGGCUCUAGCAAACCAGCAUCAGCACUGAAAGCAGCAUGUGUGCGCCAGGAACCUAGAAAAGCGACCGAAAAGCAGAGGUUUGUCGGCAGCUCUGGGACUAAAAUUUAGAGGUAAAGACUCUGUUGCGACUUUGUUGCGACGCUAUUUAGGACCGCCAACCAGAACCUAACUUACCACACGAGCUAACAGGCUAACGUUAGCGUAUAGCCGAAGGACAGUACGAGCUCGCCAGAGACAAACUUCAACUAGCUGUCUGAAAUAAGUCCGACUGUGAGUUAAAAAAAAAAAAAAAAAAACGUAGAAAUGAUACUGCUUAACCCUCAUUUACUACUCUAAAUGAAAAGGAGAAUAAUAAAGUAUCUAGCUAAGUAAGUGGAUGUUUAAUGCAUCAAGUAACAGAUGCUAAUUAUAUGUAGAAAUAUUUAAGUUAUUCUCUGUAAAUCGCCUCUUAUUUAUAAAGCAGAAUGUCAGAGGCAUUAAUCCAGCAAAUGAAAGCGCUGGAGGCAGAGCUGCAGAAGCUCAAGUCCCAGCUGAGGGAGAGGAGUGGGGCUGGGGAGGACAUGGAGGGGACGUCCAGCCCAUCCACUGAGGGAAACACCAGCGGCAGUAAAAAGGGCAAGAAAGCAAGCAAGGCGCGGCCGUUUGACCACUCCGCCCACCCCCGGCGCCAUGUGGCUCUGCGGCUGGCGUACCUGGGCUGGGCCUACCAGGGCUUUGCCGUCCAGGAGAACACAGACAACACCGUGGAGGCCAGACUCUUUGAGGCUUUGCUGAAGACUCGGCUGAUCCAGGACCGACAGAGCUCCAACUAUCACCGGUGUGGUCGCACCGAUAAAGGAGUCAGUGCCUUUUCCCAAGUCAUUACCAUCGAUUUGCGGUCCACACAGUUUUGUGGAGGACUGGGCGUCGUGCUGCCUGAAAAUGUGGAUCCCGGUACCAAGAACAAAGCUGCUGACUCCGAGGUCCCGUACGUGAAGAUGCUGAACAGGGUCCUGCCCCAGGACAUUAGGAUCUUGGACUGGGCACCAGUAGCGGAGGGUUUCAGUGCACGCUUCGACUGUCAGUCCCGCACGUACCGGUACUAUUUCCCCCGAGGAUCUUUGGAUGUGGCAUUGAUGGCAGAUGCGGCAAAAAGGUACGAGGGCACUCAUGACUUUCGCAACCUGUGCAAAAUGGAUGUGGGCAACGGAGUGCUGCAGUUUGAGAGGACCAUCUUGUCAGCCUCGGUCAAGCCUCUGCAGCCUCAGCAGGCCUCCAGCAGAGAUCAAUAUGACCUCUUCAUAUUCGAGAUCAAAGGAUUAGCCUUCCUUUACCACCAGGUACGAUGCAUGAUGGCAGUGCUCCUCCUGAUAGGGCAGAAACUGGAAGCCCCGGAGAUAAUUAAUCAGCUCCUGGAUGUUCAGAGUAACCCCAGGAAGCCCCAAUACAGCAUGGCAGUGGACUACCCUCUGGUGCUGUACGACUGCCACUUUGAAGGUUUGAGCUGGAGACAGGAGACUGAAGAGGUGAACCACGUGCUGUCUGCACUGCAGCAACACUGGACCCAGAGUGCAGUCAAGACCCACGUCCUCCACGGGAUGAUCAAGGGCUUGGAAGACGCAGGUGGAGUGUCCACUAACCGCUGCUGGCUAGUAGAAGGCAGCCAGCAGAGAAACUACCGACCGUUGCUGGAGCGUCCGUGCUGCGAGAGCCUGGAGUCCAGGAUAGACCAUUUUGUUAAGAGGGGCAGACUGGAGCGGGAGGAAGGGGAGAACGGAGGUGAAAUGGUCCACAGAGGAAAAAGGCCCAAAAAUUCCCACAAUUCCCCCAGUCUGCCUGUUUCUUCAGAGAUGCCAUCGUCAAAGCAAAGUACAGAUCAGAAAGCAGAAGAUUAAUAUUUUCCACCUGAGAACAGACUUGCCAAGGUUUAUUUUAAUUCUCACGCAAACAUUAUUUACAUUUGACUUCAGGACACAAAACAAUGGAUUUAACUUUUUUAUUUCAUGAAAGCGUUGCAUUUCCGUUUUCUUUCAUGCCAAUAUUUGUUCUGCCUUAAAAUAAACACGUUUUGGAGAACGUU